CCUGGCAGUGUUCUCUGGAGUUCUCUACCAAAUUUUCCCGAACUCUCUGAACUCUUCAAUGAAAUAAUUUAAGCAGGAAUUUCUUCAUCUUCUGCUCUAUAAAUACUUCUUUCUCCCUCUUCCAGCAGCAGAAAUCACAAUCGAGAAAUCAUCUCAUAUAUUAUUCUUCACAGUUCACAUCAAUCAAACACGAUCAAACCAGCAAAUUAACAGAGUAAUCAUGUCGCUGAUCCCAAGUGUAUUCGGCCGACGAGGCAGCGUUUUCGACCCAUUGUCGCUCGAUCUCUGGGACCCUUUCCGUGAUUGGCCCGUCAGCUCCUCCGACGAGGCCUCGCAGUUGGCGGCCACCAAGGUUGACUGGAGGGAGACGCCGGAGGCCCAUGUGUUCAAGGCGGAUGUUCCGGGGCUGAAGAAGGAGGAGGUGAAGGUGGAGGUAGAGGACGACAACGUCCUCCAGAUAAGUGGAGAACGCACCCGCGAGAAAGAGGAGAAGAACGACACCUGGCACCGUCUUGAGAGGAGCUCCGGCAAGUUCUUCCGCCGCUUCAGGCUGCCGGAGAAUGCAAAGAUGGAUCAGAUCAAAGCCAGCAUGGAGAACGGGGUGCUCACUGUCACUGUCCCCAAGGAGGAAGUGAAGAAGCCUGAGGUGAAGGCCAUUGAGAUUUCUGGCUGAAAACAAACACUUCCUCAGUUUUUGCUUCUGAAUGUAUGAUCAGUAUGUGUGUGUGUGUGUGUGUUGUGUGUUUUCUUAAUUGCCAUUAUGUAUAAAGUCCUGGGAUUCAAGCCUGGAUGUUUGAUGAGCUUUGAUCUGUAAGGUUGGAAUAGCAUAAUGUAAUAAAUGUGUGUGUGUGUGUGUUUUUUUUUUUUAUGAACUUCUGGAAAAGUCCAAAUUAUAGCAGUUCUCGGCAUUUUUAUUCGAA